AUGGUGGUAGCAUUAGGUCCAGGAAAGUUCUAUGGAAGCAGCUUACCAAGACCAAGAAUGAUGUUGAUGAACAGAUCAGCAGAAGAAGAAGAUAUCUACACCAAGGCUAGAUUAGAUCCACCAUUAGGAGUAAUGGAUCCAUUAUCAUCUUGGGCUCAUGAAGCACACUGGUCUAUGGGCGGUCUUAGUUUCAAUCGUCUGAAACUUCAAGGAAGGAUUGAAGGAAAUGUUAAGAAACUCAGAUCCCAACAAAAGAAGAAACUCUUGUCGAUUAAGAAAAGUCUCGAAAACUCUGAUUCUAAGAAGACUACUCCAGUUCGCGUCUCUGAUGUACAUCACUCAUCAUCUCCCUCAUCUGCUUCCCCUUCACCUUCACCACCACCUGCUCCUGCUGCAACAAAGCGUCGUCGAAGACUUGCUCUCCUUCUCGAUGACGAUGAAGAUGUGAAUCAUAUCAUCAAAUCAUCAGAUCCAGUUGUAGAAGAAGAUGAUGUGUCUGGAAUCAAUAGAUCAAGUACUCGCCGUCUUUUUGGAGGUGAAAGCAAGCCGAAGAGAGCUAGAAAGCUUGUAGAUGAUUUUGAUAGGGUUGCCUCUUCUGAAUCUGAAUCUGAAUCAUCACCAAGUCCGAUUCAAUCAUCAAGUCCUACUCGAUCAUCACCAAAUACUAAGAAGAAUCAGAGUAUUACCAAAGGAGGUCGUACAAUAUCUUCCCGCACGCGAAAUGCUCGCCAAAUUUCCCCUGAGAAAGAAUCAGUAGAAGAAGAGACUACUCCAGCCAUUGUUGCUAGUCCCAGUAAAAAGGUCCAAGACUUGUCAAAGAAGCGGGUAUUGAGAUCGAAAUCCAAAGCAAAUGAUGUUGCCAAUGAUGCCAGUAAGAAGAACAGUAAAAACAAGUCCAUGGUCACUCCAUCUCCUCCAGCCAAAAAAGUCAGAACUUCUUCUAGGUUGAGAUCUUCACCUGCUAUUUAA